AUGAAUGUCUAUCUCCAUGCGCAGAACGACACCGUUUCAACCCAGUCACGGUUUUGCACCCCUCACUCCAUCACGAUUUUGCUCCCUCCACUCGGAGUCUAUUUUCACCAUGGUUGUUGCAGUGUUGAGUUCUUCAUAUGCUUGGUCCUCACUAUUCUAGGUUAUAUUCCUGACAUCAUUUAUGCUCUCUAUGGCAUUAUCUUCGUUAACUGUGAUGAGUACUUUGAUGAUUACUUGCUCUUGAUACUGAAAAUUUAG